GGCCCAUACGUUUCACCUUUUCUUCUAAGCGCUGUGCUGUCGCAAGCUGCUCGGUAUUCGCCACGACCAGACGCCAAAGAUGUCGGUGAACGCUUUGCAAAACGUGCCCUCGGGCUCCUCGUUAAGGAUAUUGAUCGAGGAAGUUCCAUCGCCACGCUCCAGGGCCUGCUAAUAUUCUCAUCGCGAGAAUGCGCGUGCGGGAGGACGUCACAAGGCUGGCUAUACAGCGGCAUGGCCUUUCGUAUGGCCAGAGACUUGGGCUUGCAUGUGGAUCCCAAGAAGCUCGGCCCGCUGUCGUCACAGUUCUCAGGCGAAGAUCUCGCGCUGCGGCAGCAAAUGUUCUGGAGUUGCUACUCAUGGGACAAGACUAUGAGUUUGUGUCUAGGCCGAGCCCCU